AUGAGUCUUGACAGGUACGAAAUGAAAUGGAGUAUUCCAUAUGGAGUAGCCUUUUCUCCAUUAAACUACUGGAAAAAGCGAUCCACGAAUCCCAACUUGCAAAGCUUCAGGGCAGUUGAUUUAAAUAGUCAGUAUUAUGGUACAUACGACUUCAUAAUUGUCGGGGGUGGAGCGGGUGGAGGAGUACUGGCUAAUCGUCUUACCGAAAUAGAAAAUUUCACAGUUCUUGUGGUUGAAGCUGGCAAAGUAGAUCCGCCAAUAUCUAGAAUAACUGGCCUAGCCGCCUAUUUAAGGAAUUCUGACUGGAACUGGGGAUAUUGGAGCACGGUCCAAACCAAAGGGUGCUUAGGAGGCGGCAGCAGCAUAAACUGGGCUAUACACGUAAGAGGUAACGCAGCUGACCUUGAUAAGUGGGAAGAUCUCGGAAACAGUGGCUGGUCUUAUAGUGACUGUCUACCAUAUUUCAAAAAAUCUCAAUUUGGCAAUUCUUCCGUUGAUAUUGACACGGAUUAUCAAGGAACCGACGGUCCACAGUCUAUUACUGUGGCUGAAGAUACACCGACAUUGACGCAAGAGAUAAUAAACGCCUUUACAGAACUUGGCAAAACCGAAGGCGAUUAUAACGGAGCAGAUCAAUACAAUGUUGGACGCAUUCAAUAUUUCCAGAAGUACAAUGUUCGGUCAACAACGGCCAAUGCUUAUGUGCGUCCAGUUCUAAACAGGACUAAUUUGGAGUUAAUUUUCGACGCUUUGGUCACUAAGAUAGAUAUUUCCAAUAAUACUGCGACGGGAAUCCAAUUUUGGCAAAAUGGAACUCUUUAUUCGGCUACAGCAAGCAAAGAAGUCAUUCUGUCGGCAGGCGCUAUUGGUUCCCCACAACUUUUACUGCUCUCCGUGAUUGGCCCACAAGAGGAAUGGAACAUAACAUCACCACUUUGGUGGAUUUACCAGUGGGUAAAAAUCUGA